GAUGGGAGCAUAACGGUGAGACAGUAACCCCCGGCUCCGAUAUCAUGGUCACCGCCGGUGAACUGAUGGUACAGAGGGCAACUCAGACAGAUGUCGGUAACUACACUUGCUUGGCUUCCAAUGAGUUUGGCACGGCAGUCUCUAACCCCGCCCAAGUGCAGUUCAGUUAUUUAAGCAUCUUCCAAGAUGAUGCCAAGCGCUACCCAGUCAAUGAAAGCAGCUCGCUAGUGCUGCCCUGCGAGGCGCCUUCGGGUCAUCCUACGCCAAUAAUCUCCUGGACCGAUGGAGAUGACCAGCCAAUCUUCGCUGACGGCUCUUCCUGGAAUGCCGAUCACAACUUGGUUCAGGAUGGCGAGGGUAACCUGGUCUUCCUGCAAGCUUCGUUGAGCAACAACGGCACCUAUAAGUGUACUGCUAGCGUAUCAGCUAGACCCGACUAUAAAACAUUUUCUGCAAUACAGACGAUUUCCGUCAUAAGUGGUAAGGUUCCCAAACCAACUGUCACUUGGACCAGACUACAGGACCAAUCCUUUAGCGAUCAUGGCCCCAUUCUGAGUCUGCGCAAUGUGCAGCAGGAACAAGAGGAUGUCUACACGUGCACGGCUUCGUCAUCAAGUGGUCAGGAUACAGCAACUACAUCCUUACACGUUGAAGUCGCGCCAUUUUGGAUCAUCGAGCCCAGUGAUACCACGAUCUACGAAGGCAAGAGCACCAGCAUGACAUGCGAGGCAGGUGGCGAGCCGGCCCCGGUCCUUACAUGGAUGCAGAACGGUGAACACAUACCAGAAUAUGAUGGCAGAUCAUCAGUCCAGGUGAUGGAUCUGAAGGUUUACCAAUGCGUGGCAUCGAACACCCACGGAGAGAUCAUCACCAACGCCUUCUUGAACGUGACUGCAGCACUACUUCUGGCACCAUCUAAUGUAGUUGGUACACGUGAAGGCACCGAUAUGGAAGUCCAAUGGAGUUUACUCACCUCUGCAGAUGUCAUUGGAUAUAAGGUUCUGUACUGGCCCGAGGGAGGAUCAGAAAACGAUGCACCAGUCAAAACAGUGGACAAAAACACUGACCGCAUCACCAUCAACGACCUGAAGAAGGACACGACUUACUACGUCAGGGUCAAAGGUUAUAGUUCAAAGGGCGACGGGAUGGCCAGUCGUGAGCUGACAGUUGCAAAGCCAGAUCAAGGACAGAAUUUGCCUCGAGGCGUGGCAUCCACCAUCACACAAUCUGUUCUCCUUGUGCAUCUCACCCUCCUCGUUACCUUUCACCUGCUUUGAGAUGGUCCCGCCCAGUAUCUUUGAGACCACACUGAUAAGCACACCCAGUCAGACCAAAGAUCUUCACAUCAAAAAUAAGUUGGAAUGUGUGGUCAUAACUGUCGUUUGUUCAAUAAUAGGGAUGCUCCUUCGCUUGCGCUCCAACACGAACCCGAAAAGCGUGUUUAGAAAUAAACUCAUGAUUGAUAAGUAUAAUGUCAUCAAAUGUUAGUCGAUUGCAUUGAGUAUAUCACAAUGAGCUUAACUUUAAUUGACGUAAUCAAGAAAAUUGGUAAAUUUGCAAAGAUAAUUAUAAUUCAGUAUGUAUGUAUUAAGGUUUUCCCACAAAGCAUGACUUUAUUAUGUCUUAGGUCUAUUGUCAGUUUAUCAAGCACCACAUUAGUCUUUGCUAAGUAAAGUAAGCAAUUUCGCCAGGUAGCAAAAACUGCAUAAUUAUUGUAACAAUGAGCAUUUUUAUUUUAUCCGGUAAAAAACUUCCAUUGUUUGUCAUUUGCAUUAUGUAACAUUAUUUUUCUCAGGUAUCUGUCACGUUCAGUAUCUGAUCAACGGGAGUGGCCAAGAAGCAGUAUUGCACAGUUUUAAUGUUUAACUGUUUUU